GGGCGGCGCCGGCAGCCGAUGGGGACAAGGCGAUCGACGGGGAGAAGGGGCGGCGUGCGGGAGGAGGCGGGCUGCCGAUGACGGCGCCGCGGCCGCGUGGAGCGUCGCCUGCCGCCUCCGCUUCCGCUCCACUCCGCUUCGCUCGCACGCCGCCUGCCGGCCGCAUCCUCCCAUCAGCGCUCUCCGCCGCGGAGAGAUCGAGUGCCGCCGCAUCUUCGACGGAGAGCCAGACGAGGCCAACGGGCGCGAGGCGAGAGAGGAGAUCCGGCCGACGACGCGGUGACGGGCGAGGCCGAAGCUGGCGCCGCCCGAACUCCUCCAGCGCCGCCGACGACGCAGACCCCGGCCGCGCGUGCAGCCGUGGGCGCCCUAGCGCCGGCAUCCCCGCUCUGCGAGUCCAUCUCGAACGACAUCCACAACUGCUCCGGCAAUGUGUGCAUGUACGAGGCGUCCACCAAUGCCGGGGACACCGGCGGCAAGGUCGGCACCGACACCUUCGCCGUCGGGACGGCCAAGGCGAACCUCGCGUUCGGGUGUGUCGUGGCGAGCAACAUCGACACCAUGGACGGGUCUUCCGGGAUCGUCGGGCUAGGGAGGACGCCGUGGUCGCUCGUCACCCAGACGGGUGUCGCCGCAUUCUCCUACUGCCUGGCGCCACACGACGCCGGGAAGAACAACGCGUUGUUCCUCGGCUCCACCGCGAAGCUCGCCGGCGGCGGCAAGACCGCCUCGACGCCGUUCGUCAACAUCUCCGGCAAUGACCUGAGCAACUACUACAAGGUUCUUUUGUCGAGGGUGAGCUUCUUUGCUUCGCAAGGAUCAGAUGUUGCACAAGACGAUGUCCUUGGGAUGUACAAGCAGACUGCUGAUGCCGUCAUGUGCAUUCUCCUGCCGGAUUCAGAGACCGCCGCUUUCACAACAAAAGGUGGUUUGCUGUAUGUUGCUGAGUGGAACUCACUCCAGCACCCGGUGGCAUCGGCGUUCCUCGCCGCCGUUUACAGCGACUACAUGCAGAGCUCCAGGAAGACGGAGCUAACCUGCAGUGGGCAGGGCUUCUCGCCGAGCGACCUGCGCAAAUUCGCCAAGUCCCAGGCGGAUUACUUGCUGGGCAGCAACCCGAUGAAGAUUAGUUAUCUGGUCGGGUACGGCGACCGGUACCCGGAGCGGGUGCACCACCGCGGCAUAUCUAUCCCGGAGAACGUCGACACCGGCUGCGACAGCCACAAGUGGCUGGAGACGUCCAAGCCUAACCCAAACGUCACCACCGACGCGCUCGUCGGCGGUCUGUACAAGAACAACAGCUUCGUUGACGAGCGCGACAACGUGAUGCACAACGAGGCCACCACCUACAACUGUGCCCUCGUCGCCGGCUUGCUCUCCGCCCUCGUCUCCACCACCUCCCUCCAGCGGCAGCACCGUACUGCAGGCGGCGGUGGCGGCAGUGGCGGUGGCGGUGGUGGUAGGCGACGCCCCACACAGCCACGGCGCCGUCAUCAGCAGCCCGCCUCCUCCCGCGCACCGCCCCUUCUCCCCGCCGGUCGCCUUGUCCCCAUCGGCUGCCGGCACCGCCCCUUCUCCCUUCCCCUUGUCCCAGUUGGCCAGCGUGCCGCCCUUCUCCCCGCCAGUCGCCGUCCGUCGCGUCAUCCUCCUCGCCGUCAGCUUGCAGAGAAGUGAGAGAGAGAGAGAUGAGGAAGAGAGAAGAGGGGAAAGAGGGAGAAGAGGCUGACGUGAACAUCUGACAUGUGGGACCCACAUGGAUCCCACGCUGACUCAGCCGCCACGUAGACCAAAACCAGGGUCAAAACCACCAAAGGAUCUUAGGUGACCAGUUUGCAUAGUUAAGGGAUCCCACAUAUCUAGUUUUGCGGUUCGAGGAUGUUUUUUAUCCCGAUGAUAAGUUGAGGGACCUUCGGUGUACUUUUUCCUUGAUUUAAUAGGGGUGAAAACGUAUAAGGGAUUCUCAAAAAAAAAAAAAAACGUAUAAGGGAGUAAGUAGACUUAUUCGUUUGCUGAACAAAAGAGGAACCACCAAUGGGCCUAUCUGCUAACUUCACUAGGCCAUGGCCCAUUCACUGCAUCCAGUCUUCCUCUCCAAAUCGGUAGCGAGCAACCCACCACGGCACCACCAGCAGCUCUCUUCCCCAGUUCUUCUCCUCGAUACAUCUAUUCAUCCAUCCAUUGCCGGCGAGGCGACACACACACCAACAACUCCGCCGCCGCCGUCGUCAACCUCGCCAGCCCCGGUUAUUGAUUAGACGCUUCGGGGUCGCGGAGAUGAACUGCGAGACCUGUCAGCUGAAGGAGCUGGAACUGGAGCCUCGGGAGAUCAAGGAUGUGCUACGAUGCAUUUUGCAUACCAUAUUCUUCCACAGAACCUUGAGCCUUGUUCGGCCCAAAGACUUUGAUUGUGAUUUCUUUGAGAUUACCUAUGUGAGUAUUUAUCCUGUAUAAAGGUCUUGAACUAUUUAAUGUACUGAAUCUAUUUGGGUUUUCUAUCUAAUGUUUGCUGGCACUAAGCACAUUUCAUGGCUAUCAAAUGAAGUAUGAAAUUUAUUACCUACUGCAA